AGAGAGAGGCAGUGACGUCCGAAGCAUCAGUAGCGUUUAGCCCAGGGUUUAUUCCAGAAGCCGCGUCCACCUCGACCAAAAAACAGCCGGUUUAAGGCAAGAUCUGCCUUUUUAACGCCUUAUCUGCAAAGGUCUAGAGAUGGAUUUAUACGGAAAGAUGGCUGCCACUCAAGAUGGCAAACAGAAAGAGAACUCGGACCAAAACUUCGACUAUAUGUUUAAGCUGUUGAUCAUCGGGAACAGCAGUGUUGGGAAAACCUCUCUGCUGUUCCGCUACGCAGACGACGCCUUCACCUCGGCCUUCGUCAGCACGGUGGGCAUCGACUUUAAAGUCAAAACCGUCUACAAGAACGACAAGAGGAUCAAACUGCAGAUCUGGGACACAGCAGGCCAGGAGAGGUACAGGACCAUCACUACAGCCUACUACAGAGGAGCUAUGGGCUUCAUCCUCGUGUAUGAUAUCACUAAUGAGGAGUCUUUUGCUGCUGUGCAAGACUGGUCAACUCAGAUUAAGACCUACUCUUGGGACAAUGCCCAGGUGAUCCUGGUUGGAAACAAAUGUGACAUGGAGGAGGAGAGGAUAGUCUCUGUGGACAGUGGAAGACUGCUGGCAGAACAGCUGGGUUUUGAGUUCUUUGAGACGAGUGCCAAGGACAACAUCAAUGUCAAGCAGACCUUUGAACGUUUGGUGGACAUUAUCUGCGCUAAAAUGGCUGACAGCCUUGAGACGGACCCUGCUGUAACCACGGGAACUCCCACAGCCAGACUGACCGACAACCCGGUACCCCCUCAGCAGUCCGACUGUAGCUGCUAGCGUUACUCACGCAGGCCAUGUGCGUUUGUGGCUCCUGUGCUGUUGCCAAGCUUCUGUAUUUGAAGACAUCACCAAGCCCCAGGCCAAACUGUAGGCAAGUUAGAUGAUCUCUUGUUUAAUUCUGAAAAAUAUUAGGGCUGAUUUUCCACACAGUGACUAAACAUAUACCUGGACUCGUUAUCAACGUGGAGUCCUCAGUUUAGACUUCUGUCUGGAAAACCUAACUGCUAACUGUAGGGUACAGUGAAGUUGUGCCAAAAUAUCAGUGUCAAAGUUACCUGUCUGAUAAAGCCAUUAUGCCACUGUACGGGCCUUAUCUUAUGCAUUGAGGUUUAUGUAAUCCCAGUAGAUCUCCUAAACUGUGCAAUAUCCUGUAUGUGUCAUUUUAGAGAAGAAGCCAUGAGCUGAAAUCAGCUGUAUUUAUUCCCGCUUGUCUCAGGGGAAUUGAAUCUGUGUGCUCUCUUUCUACCUAAUGUAUAUGUAUAUAAUUGUUCAGCCUUUGUUUAACUUAUUGAACGAGCUCUGUGUUUUGCAUUUGCUGAUUAGUUGACUGGUUAUUCAAUGUGUGCCCUGAUAUAUAUUGUAAAGUUAUAAGAACAGAUAAAUAAAU